AUGCAAUCUACUCGGAAAUUCCAGUUCUCCUUAUGGAUGAGUGGAGACUUCAAUGGUGGUAACAUCGCUGAAACAGCGGGAAUCGUCGUUGCCUUAUGUGUGACCGUAUCCCUUGUCGGUGAAAUGAAAUCGUUCUAUGGGGAUGUAAUCGUCGAACUGCAGGAAUUCAAUGGAUAUGCCGAUGAUGCUUGGGUGCAGAUGCUCAAGACAACGUCAGGUGGUGAUCGGCAUCCAUCGGUAGAGGUGACUAUGUCAAGAGUUCGUCGUGAAUAUCAAAAACCACCGACUGGAAUUCAUGCAGUGAAAUCGGAAGCCGAUGAGGAAGAGGCUGCGGAUAGAUGCAAAUGCGCUGCCAGAGCUCAAAAUUGCCCUACCGGACCACCAGGACCAGCUGGAGAACCAGGAAUGCCUGGAGAGGAUGGCGAAAAAGGGGAAGACGGUAAACCCGGUCUGACAGGGCUGCAAGGAGUCGCUAACGAUAUUUCCGGCGGUGGUUGCAUAAAGUGUUCAGAAGGGCCACCAGGUCCACCGGGACCAACUGGAAUAGCAGGCCCCGAAGGGCCUACUGGAAGUCCCGGAAUCGACGGUGCUGUUGGAAAAAUUGGUGAACCUGGAGCACCAGGACCAGUUGGCCCACCGGGACCAGAUGGUAAGCCUGGGAGCGAUGGAGCACCGGGAGAAGCCGGAGAUGCUGGAACGAAAUCAACGAAUGAACCCGGUCCUCCUGGACUAUCUGGACCACCAGGGCCACCUGGAUCUGAUGGAGAGGCUGGCACUAGUGGAGUUGAGGCUAUUCCUGGCUCUGUCGGACCGCCUGGACCACCCGGAAAGGACGGCGUCCCGGGUAUUGCGGGGCCACCUGGUGAGAUGGGAGCAGCUGGUCCACCUGGGCCUGAUGCCGCUUACUGCCCUUGCCCGGCUAGAUCUAUGACACUGGUUGGCGAAGUGACUCACAUGGAAGAACACCCAACAAUCGUUUCCGGAACAGAAUCUGAAAAAGGCGGUGUUCCACCAAUGCUUGAAAAAAAUGCAACGCUCGCUGCCAUACCAAAAGUGUCUGUCGAAGAAACUAAGCCAAGUGGUGGUGGUGUGAGUCCUAGUGGUGGAGGCGUAGAAGGAAAGGGUGAAGCAGAAGCCGAGCAGCCCACAGAAGGCGCUGUCACCACAGAGAAAGAAGAACUGAGUACUGCUGCUGCAAGCACAGCAGCAGUAGGAGGUGAGGAAGCUGAGCAUCCCAUAGAAAGUGCUAGCACAAUAGGAAAGGAAGAUACGACGAUUGGUGGUUUCAGUGUAGCAGCAAAGGAUGGUGUUGAAAAAGGUGAAGAAUAUGAAAAAGGAAACGUUACCAUCACUUAUUUAACAAGUGUAGCUCCAGGAGGUCCGGUAGAUCAAGCAGGUCCAGCAGUUCCAGCAGGUCCAUCAGGUCCGGCGGAACAAGUAACAGUAGCGCCACCACCAUCGCCACCAACGGUGCCUUCCCCGGCUUAUCCCACACCCAACGCUCGACUACAACGAUUUUUAAAACGACUUCACUAA